ACGUACCACACAUAGUCGGUCCCAGUGGUUCCCUGUCAGACGUUGUGCAUAUCAACGGAAAAGCAAACGCAGCAAUUUGAGAAAAAGCGAAAAGGAAAUUCAAUUUUCUAACCCAACGGAAUAUACCUACGACAAUUUAAGCGCACAUAAACGCCUACGCAGUCACUUUUAGCGCGUGAAAUUUGUUGAAAAAUCAAAACUACAAAAAUGAAUAAGUUUUUGUUCGUAUUCGUUGCACUUUUUGGAGCCGCCGUCGCUCAAGAUAGCUUCAAGUGCCCCGAUGACUUCGGUUUCUACCCACAUGACAUUUCUUGCGACAAAUACUGGAAGUGCGACAACAAUGCUGCGGAACUGAAGACCUGCGGCAACGGUCUCGCCUUCGAUGCCUCAGACCCGAAAUUCCUGACGGAGAACUGCGACUACUUGCACAAUGUGGAUUGCGGUGAUCGCUCUCAAUUGGAACCACCAAUUUCGACACCACACUGCUCCCGCUUGUACGGUAUCUUCCCCGAUGAGAACAAAUGCGAUGUCUUCUGGAACUGCUGGAACGGUGAACCAUCCAGAUACCAGUGCUCGCCCGGUCUUGCCUACGAUCGUGAUGCCCGUGUGUGCAUGUGGGCCGAUCAGGUGCCAGAAUGCAAAAACGAAGAAGUUGCCAACGGUUUCAGCUGCCCCGCCGCCGGAGAACUUGCCAACGCUGGCUCUUUCUCGAGACACGCUCACCCCGAAGAUUGCCGCAAGUACUACAUCUGCUUGGAGGGUGUUGCUCGCGAAUACGGUUGCCCCAUCGGCACUGUUUUCAAAAUUGGUGAUUCUGAUGGCAGCGGCAACUGCGAAGACCCAGAGGAUGUUCCCGGAUGCGAGGAUUACUAUGGUGAUGUAGAUCUGAAGGCUCUGAAAAAAUUGGGCUAUUAAAAGAGCCCAAAGUGCACGUCGGACGGAUGGCGGGCGGUGGGUUGUGUGCCGGGUGAAGACCAAAAGAGAUUAAGUGCAAAGCAACGAACCCGGAGCGAAAGAAAGGGAUGUAUGUGUGUGCGUGGGUGGACGGAUGUGGAGAUAGCGCAGGCGAAAAACGUGGAAGAUACUAUUUAGAAAUGCAGCGAAAAUUAACAAAUACAAACGGAAAAACACGCGGGUGCACAGUCGCCACGCAAUCAACACAAAAUCACAUACACCUACUCUAAGACUGAGCUACAACAACAACAACAGCAACUUCCAUCACGACAAAUUCGUCACCACAAUUUUCUUCAAAGGAUUUCCAUUUAAAUUGACAAUGCCGAGAGAUAAACAAAAAAGCACAAAGAAAGCGCGCUGCCAAAGGGAGAAGGGAGAGCCGCCACAAGCCCAGCUAUUCAUGCCACAUCUAUAAAAGUGUCUGUGUGUGUGUGUGUGGUCCGACAACGCACUAAAUCUGCGCAAGCAAGCAAAUAUGUUUAUGUACAUAAGUGCGUCUGUAUGUUAGGUAAUAUAUAUGUGGCAUAAAUGCAAUAAUAAGCAGAGCAAUAAACGAUCGCAUUUAAUUUGUCAUUAGCCACACCGCAUGCAGCUUUCCGAUAUUUAUUGCUAAUACUUUGAUAGCAGCAUGUUAAUUUAUUAAUUAAAAUCACACCCACGCAACUGUACCGUUAGCUACAAUUGCACGAACACCACACACAAACACACUCGAACACACACAAACAGAAACGCUUGCCAGCACAGCUUUCGAGUGCGAAACACACAAUUCUAACGGUCACGUAUCUACUAAUAAACGCUCAAAUAAAUACUUAAAUUCUGUUAGAUAAUGCGUGAGCGCACACACACACACA